ACAUUGCAAUAGAAUUCUUUUUAUAAAGAUAUUAUUUAACCGAAUUUUAGAAUGAGAUUUGUUAACUUAUCUCUAUUUUUUUUUUUUUUUUUUUUUGAAAAUCAGUAUCCCCUCUAAGUGUGUGUUUAACAAAUUAUUAGUUCAUUAAGAAUAUGUUGAUUCGUCUAACGUACACUAUGAUUCCGGGUGGGUUUUUAUUUGUUUUAUGACAUUUGUAUAUUAAAUUCUGUCUUAUUAUGAAAGUUUUGAGCGAUAAAGUAAUUUAAUUGAUAUUCUGUGCACUGCUCCAAUAAUCGUAGAUUAUAAUAUCUAUACAUCGGAUAUUGUUACUAUUACCAUUACCUGUUUCACUUUAACCUUAUCCUAACAGUUACCUUUUACUGCAUUUAAACCAUCAACACAAAAGAUUAUCUAAAAUGUUUAAAUUUGAUCAGCAAAGAUUAGACUACAAGCUGAAAAGUUAUUGUCCCUUUAAAUAAAACGGAUCAUCACCGGAUAAACACAUUUUAAGAUUUUAUUGAAUCAGAUUUAGAAAAGUUUGUCGUUAUUCUAUUUCUGUUACUUUGCAGAUUACAAUACUGGAGAACUGUUAAUCGUAUUCGCCAUAAUUAUAUGCCCAGAGGGGUCAUUGUGAGGAUUACCUCAAAAGUUAAAGGAAUCAACAGAAGGAAAUGGGCGUUCUGCGAAACAACCGUCAUUAAUUAUCGUGGAAUGUUCACUAGAAAACAUGGAACUGGACCUGAGUGGUAAAGAGAGAGUUGAUAGAAUAACCCGCCUGGUGUUUGAUAGAACUAACCUCCGGAAGCUCCGAGACGGAAUCUGCGGCCUGUUGGAUAUUUAUCAUGAUAUUCUGGAGAAAGACUUUGAAUACGGAUGUUAUUUUACAAAUGACGAGAUAAUAGCCAGACUGAACGAAGUGAAACAAAGUACUUGGGAUGAUGUUCGGGAACACUUUAUUGAAGAUAGCUACCACUCGUACAGUACUGGCAACUUUACCGAUGAUGAAGUCCGAGACCCAGGCAAACUCAUUCUGGAUCUAGUUAACCAAGUCAUCAAGUGCAAAGAGGGCGUCUACCAAAAACUAGAGCAAAAGCACGUGGAAGUUAUGAAAGCUGAAGAGAAGACUGACGAAUACAGAGCGAAAGCUGAGGAGGCAUACGAAACGUUAAUGAACGAGAGGAGAGAGACGACCGAGAAAUUACUGGACGCAGCGAAAACCAAGACCAAACUAAAAUGUUUGGAACACUUAUACGAGGAGAAAUCCGAAAAACUACAAGAGUUACAAAGGAUAAGUACUGUGACCAUGUGGGAGAAGGAACGAGAGAAAGUAGUGAAGGAUUACCAACAAAAGAUAACGACUCUUGAAAACGAAAUGACUGAAUUGAAACAAAAUACGAGAAGUAUUUCUAGAAGAAUGUCGAGUAUUGACGACCAAAAUAAAAUGUUUAAACUGAGGCAAGAGAGAAGAGGGUCUAUUCAAGAGGACAAUUCCCCGGAUGUGGAUACUCUCAAACGAGACAUAUACAUCAGAGAUAAGGACAUUAGUCACUUAGAGGGGGAACUAUACGACCAGCAAAAGAUAUUUAUGGGAAUGGUAGCAGGAUUAAAAACAGAUAUAAGCAAAUUAAGCGAACGUUUCUAUGACGAGGAGACGUCGGAGAGAGAUCCAGAAUUUGUCAGCCUUCUUAGAAAUGUCACCAAAAUUUACGAUGCUAUGGCGGACGGAACCUUGCAGCAAGCCAAGCUUUUGAUGCCCCCUCAUUAUACAUUCCAUGAUAGAGAGGUGAAGAUAAAAAGAGUACGAAGACUAUCUAAAGCCAGCGCAUUGCCAAAACUUGGUGGUCUUGGGUAUUCAACAAAACCACUGCCAAACAUAAGCACAAAUGGGAAUGGAUCAACUAAGGAAGAAAACUCAACCUCAAACAACCUUCCAACAUUAACUGAAAAUCCCAUUAUUGUGGACCCAGUGACGAAUAAAAUGAAUGGACUUGUAUACCUAAGACAUUUCGCCCAUAUGUCUCAGAAGUUUAUUUUAGAGCACUGGACAAAGUUUAAGGAAUUUGACAAAAACGGGGACCAGUCAUUAGAUCUAACUGAAGUAUCAGAACUUUUACGAAGUAUAGGACUGCAAUGCUCACAUUCGCAGAUUGAGGAAGCAAUGGAUGAAGUCGAUCUAGAUCACUCUCAUACUCUGGACUUUUAUGAAUACUUGAUGGUGGUAGAUAAAGUAACAAGAAAAUCAGGGAAAGCCGCCUUAUUUAAACAAGGCAUGUCUAAACAACCUGAGGGUACAAAGGUUUGCGUGGUACAGUGACGGCAAGAGUGCUACUCAGAGACGUUCGCCUUUCCAAGUGACCUUGCAAGACUUGCUUUAAUUGAUGUUAAUACAGGCACGUAGAAUCAGGAGGGAGGAUGACCCCCCACCCCCAAUUUUUUUUUGGACAUCGUUCCAUUUGAGGCAUUUUCAUAUGCAAAGUAAAAUGUAUCGGGUGAUUAUUCCCUCUCUUCUUGUUUGUAGAAGUAUUAAAUCGUAAAAAUAGUUGAACAGAUGGCGAAAGAUGAACGCCACCUCCCGUAUUUCGAAGUUUGGACGAAGCAGGGUUAAGUGGGGGUGUGGGGGUAUUUUUCUUCUUCGUUUUCUUUUUUUAAUACUUUCUUACAAAUGAUGCUACGUGUCUGUAACAUACGCUGUACAUCUACGUGUCAAAUAGAUGACACAUAUCAGUCAUAUUAUGAUAACUGUUGUAUGACGUCAGAUACAUGCAUAUUUAAAAAGUUGUGAAUUGUAUUAUUUUCAUUACAUUUCCAUGAAUUUGAGAAACGGUAAGUUAUUUGAUUUCUUUCAACAUGUAUUCAUUUUCCGCUCUACAUGUAAUAUCCAUUUGUAUUCACGUUAUAUUGUUAUUGCAUUCUUGACAAUAAUUUUUUUUUAAAAG